GUGUCACGGCUAUACAGUAGACUUAAAUUAGGCGACCCGCAGACACCUUUCUACUCAUAACAAGCUGCAAAACAUGAUCUCACAAAAAGACUAAGACACUUCCAGGGGUGCUCAAGUCCCUUGAGUGCAACAUUCCUAGCUCCUCGCUUAAAUCGAGGGACGUCGAAAGUAUCCUCAGCGGCAGUCCCAUAGUUCCCCAAUGGUGACGUUUAAAAGGGCCGUGUACCAGCUGGAUCGUAAACAGAGGAGAACUUCAAAUUAAAUAGUUAAUCUUCUGUUUUUGUCAUUCCUUCAUUAUUGUAGUUUGAAUAUACAUAUUUUGUUGAGUGUCUGUUGUAUUUGGGGCCGUAUUUAAUAAUAAAAUGACUUAAUUACAGUGGCUCAUGAUUACUAUAUGCCAAACCAACCACAUAUUUCUAAGGAUUGGGUAAUAGGCUAAUAGGGCUGUCAUUUUGUAAAAUGCGUUUGGGCACAUAGACAAAAACAUUUCUGUUGGUUCUAUACUGUUGAAUACAUAAGCAGCAUAUCAACACUUCACAUAUGUUUAAGAGUUACUCCCAAAAUGCGCUGAGGGGGGAAUUGAUUAUAUUUGACUUUAAUAUAAUCCCACUUAAUAUAUAAAGCAUAAAGUGGACAUUUGUGAUGAUAGUAAUAAUUUAGCCACGCAUUUGUGACUUUUUGCAUCCACUGUAUGUGUCACAAAUGAGACUUUUCAGAGUUUUGCCGAAUGGAAUGGAGGCGAAAGUGGUGUCGAUAAAUAUAAAGACUUCUUGCCAUCUGGGGAUCCCACUUUCAUUCAAAAAAACAUCGGGUAAGACGUGUUUGUUUUCGUUUACGGUCGUUUCUGUGUUUGUAAAUAUGUGGCGCUCCUUUGUUUGCUUUGCUACAUUCCGUUUAACAUCACAAUUUAUAGUGUCAUGACGCAGGAGAAGUCUGCUUCCUCCGCACACAUAAAGAGUUGUGGUCGUAAAUAUUGAACGCUUUCAUUAUUUAAGAUUAUCAGCCCCAACCUGUUUCGGACCCAGAAACCGGGAUAAAUCCACUCUUAAAGGUCCCGUAUUUUGCCAAACCAACUUUUUCUAGUAUUUGGGAUGUGAUAUUGGUUCCUUAGUGUCUCAAUAAACAUGUGAAAUAUGAAUUAAAAUUGUACACUCAUUCCUGAAUUGUAGACGUUUUUCUGCCGAGAGACCAUUUGAAUUUCUCGAGCUUAUCUACGUCACUAGCGAAGAUCUCUGCCUUCCCUCUCCGCUCCCGAGCCAGAGCUGUCAACAUAACAAACACGUGUGCUCUCACAAGUGGAUCUUCUACACGGAGGCAACCAAUCUGGAAAGGUAGCCAAAUAUGGACAAAGCAGAUACAAAAGUGGGUCAAACAGAAGUAGCUGUCAAAGGGGCCUUUUCUGGACACGUAUGACGUAUGUUUUUUAUAUGAAUGAAACUGACACUUUUAUACUCAGUCCAUGUUAGAGAGUCGCUCUAUGGAGGUCUAAAUAGCCAAACUAUGGGACCUUUAACACACCUCAGACUAAGGACAGUCUUAUUGGAUAAUCUUAGACAUAAGGCAAUUGAGAACAGAUUCUCUUUUGCAAUGCCGACUUGGCAGCAGCUAGCCGAUUAAAACAAGGCAAAAUAAAACCAUAUACAAAUAAAGAUAUAAAAACUGUUCAUGUGAUGUACAAAAAAACUGAACACAAAACAAACACACAAAACGUAAAAUAAUAAAUAACCAGACAAAAUCUUCAAAUAAAAUACAGAUCCAUGGCAGAGGUGAGUUUUAUUCCCCUUGUUGUUUGAAGCUCAGCUGUUAGUAGAUGAGAACGGGGUAAAAGAUUGAAGUCUCCCUUGACCAGUUUGAGGGCACCAAGAUCACAGAUGUCCCGAUUACAGUGUGCAUGACAUCACUCGUGUCUGCUGUGAGCUGAGUUUUGAAAGUAACAAGCAAGUGUAGUUUUCUAACAGCCGCUAGUUCGUCCGUUGGAUGGUAACACACAAAUAGUAAGAUUGGUUCAAAUUUUCUUGUAACAAGCUGCCAACCCAAGCAAUGCUAUCACUCAUUCACUCACUCAUUGAUGCAAUACGUUAUGUAUGUAUGUGCACAGUCAGUGAAUUCACUUAUUGACAAGGAGGAUCAAAAUUUGAUGACAGAAAUGUCACGUGACCUACGUUCAUUCAGUUUAGUGUUCUCCAUUUGUUUGAGGAAAUUGCUGGGAUCAGAUGAUAAAUAUUUUGUUGCUGCUACAUUGUCUUCCAUUCCACAGAGAACCCAGUGUGACGAUAACUUCACGCGGUCGAAAUGUCUUUGUGCACGCCAUAAUGCCAAAGAUGUGGGAUGAGUUUGGGUUAGGUGUUGUAGGUUUUGUACGAAUUUCCAUUCAUGAGAUAUUCUGAUCAUCACAGCGUCUGCCAACACUGAUUGUUUGAGACGCGCUUGUAUUGUUUUUGAAACCUGGACAUGACAUUCUGAUUUCUCGAGGGGAACGGCUAUUUUCUUUGCUGCAUCUAACUUCGUGAUAUGUGGAGGAGAGCAAGUGAAAAAAAAUUCAUCAAGAAUUUCUCAUUGUCUACACACAAUGAAAUGGAGAAGAACAGACGGGCACAUCUACGACUGUGUUUAGAGCGACUGAAAUCCUUGGUGCCUUUAGGUCCAGACGCCAACAGGCACACAACCCUGAGCCUGCUGAUGAAGGCCAAAGAUCACAUCAAGAAGUUGGAGGAGAGUGACAGAAGAGCCCAGCACACCUUAGAACAGUUACAGAGAGAGCAGAGACAUCUGAGAAGGCGUCUGGAGCAGCUCGGUGUGGAGAGAAUCCGCAUGGACAGCACUGGCUCUAUCGUGUCCCCUGACAAAUCCGACUCUGACCAAGAGGACCUGGAUGUGGACGUGGAGGGAACGGACUACCUGCUGGGUGAUCUGGAAUGGAGUACCAGCAGCGUGAGCGACUCGGGGGAUGAGCGGGGCAGCCUGCGCAGCAGCUGUAGUGAUGAGGGCUACGCCAGCGCCAGCCUGCGGCGCCUGCAGGACACUCAGGAGAGGGCCAAGCAGCUGGCCUGCACGCUAUAAACAUCUCUGGUCACUGCUCCAUCUCCUGCCUCCUCUUAUCCCAUUCCAAGAAUGUGUCGCCACGCCCUGGUCAUAUACCCACCUCGACACCCCACUCCCCCUCCCCUUCCCUACGGGGACUAAACCAAUUGUGAGGCGUUUCAUCCAGCCAGGCCUCUGCAGAUUUCUUGCCCAUAUUAACUUCUCAUUCUGACCGAGCGCCUUCGAGAAACCCGCCAACAGCCAGCCCGUCAUUAUCUGAAGGUCGUUAGGUAUUACACACUGUGCACCAAUCAAACGAGUUGGGUCCUCCCCUACUUGUCCCCCCGUCCAUCACAAAUGCAACUUUCAGCCAGAGAAUGGUACUUUACAAUAUCCCACUUCCUCUUUUUAUGUCUCCAGAGCAAUGAGAAGCACUUCUGAGAUUUCACACAAAGUCACGCGCACUCCAUCAUUGGUCCUCGCUGUCCAGUAAGACGGUGCUCCAACAAACGGGCCUUUGUUUCUGCCCAGCUCACCACUCUGUUUUUGUAAACAUAAACGUAAACCUUUUCCAUACAUCUCUUCAAAAAAUAUAACUCCUCCUCCCUUUCGUACUUCAGAAGUCAUCUCGAAGGUGUUACAAAUAUUUCGAAGGGCACAGCAUGGAGCAGCAAUAUGUGCCUCACAAACAAGGCAUCUUCACCCUGUCAUUUUGGUCCACUCCGGACACUGGAUGGUUUGGGGUCGAUGGUUUCUGCCACUCUCUGAUGACUGUGGUGUUUUUCGUGUGUGUGUGUGUGUGUUUGUUUGUCUGAAUCUGGCAAUGACAGAAGUCACUCGUCAGUUUCUUUCCCUAGCCACCUUUCCUAUUUGUGGAAUGUUUUGGCAGGUGUUGGUGCACUAUUGUCCACUACUAUUUGCCCAUGUGUUACCUGGGAUGGAAACGUCUACCUAUUGAGAGCAGUCGAGAGGCUGGAGAACAUUCCGCUUAGAUAAAUAGGCCGGUGAAGGCUGAGAGCAUUAUUUUUCUGUUCUUGCCAGCAAUUUACAAAAAGGAAAGUCGCCCUAAAACAGAGUGUCUGCUUUACGUUUUACUGUGAGCACCAACCACCAGAGGACUCAGUUGUGUUAAUGCCUAAAAGACCCUCUCUUUGGUCUUGCCUUUAUAGCUAUUUAUUGUUUUCGAAGAAAUGUACAGCUAAUGUAAAUAGUUUGCAGAAAGAAACUUAUGUCUAUCAGAAGUAUUUAUUAGAUCUGCUACAGCUAGAGAUGAAUAUAAAUAUAUAUUUAAUUAGUUCUACUUAGCCUUUGUUCUCUUUGUGACGUUUUAUUGAGAGUUUCAAGUGUAGUUUGUUGCACAGCCUCGUCAAUCCAUAGAAUAUUUAGAAAUGUCUCUCGUGCCUCAAGGCUUCGUGUCCGUUGGGACGUUCGGCACGGAUCUCUUAGAUGAGGCUAUGUUACUCUGUGGUUGAUGGUCCUUAUCUGUUCUUCAAUGCCACCAGGCUCCUAAUGAGACAAAAAAAAAAAAGGUGUGUUUAAAAAUUAGAGUAAAGAUGCUAACCUGUUUUACAGUGGUGUUGGUGGUGGUGGCAAUAGUGGCGUGGCCUCCCCCACAAAAAAUCAUGUGGUAUUUCAUCUCCUUGUUUGGUCAGGAAGACGUGCAUGGUGAGGAUUGCAGUCUAUUUUGAAUCUAGAUAUCCUCCUUCCUGCAGCCAGCCUCUCCGCUUUGCGCCAAAGCAGCAGCAUCCCCCACCCCAUGACAUCUACCGCUUAUGGAUCUCAGUUCAAGCAUGAAGAUGGUACACCAAAAUGAAUAAAAAGAAAGAAAAAAAAAAAAGAACAAGAUUACAAAACUAGAUAUAUUUCUAUCUGAGUGUGAACUGCUGAUUUUUUUUAUUUUUUUUUGGUUAACUUAAACCUGUUAAACCAGAGAGGAACUGUCUUGCAAUGUUAAGAGAAUGUGAAGGGAAAUGUAUUGAAAAGAGGGAAUUCACUGACGCGUGCAUGGAGUGCGUGUGUUUCAACCUUGGACAAUUGAUUGUGUGCAUCUCGAUAUAUAAUCAAGACAGUAUAACAAAACAGCUCUCAAAAAUCUGGAUUUGGAAAGGUCAUUAUGAAGGCUUUAUACUGUGGUGUAGUUCCAAUAUUUUGUCUCUUAAUUUGUAUAAAUUACUGUUUUACUAUUUAUUACAGGACUGUAGUGGAACUGCAUAUGUUUUAUUGGGAUGAAAGUCAUCAAUUGGCCAAGUGUUAUUUCAUCACCGUCUUCAGAGAGAAUUAUUUAGGGGGAUAAGAGUAAUGGCAGUUUUAUACACCAGUAAAGCGCUGUGUUUAGUUGUAUCAUGCAAAAAGGAGUAAUUGUCCGCUUGAAGAAAGAUUCACGUCUUAUACUUGGAUCAGACUACGAGACAAAUUUGGUCUUUUCCGAUUAUACCGCCAUCAAAUCUUGCUGUUUCUCAGGCAGACAGUGGCAAUACUACACGACAUUUAUUCCCAUAGUGCCGUAUCCCGUCUUUUACGAUCACUGAGCUUUAUCUUGUCAAAUCAAACUCUGUUGGAGAGGUGGAAGCAGACAAUGUGUCUCCGGUCAACGCGAUCGGACGCACUCGUUACUGUGGCAACGACAACAACAAUGCGCCGCGCCAAUGUAUUGUUUCUGUGUGAGUGUGAGUGGGGGGACAAAAUGAGGAAAAACGUGUGGUGUUCGUCACUGGUGCUCGGGAGAGAACGUUCUUUCAAGAAUUGCUUGAGGUAUGUUCACGAUACGGCUCGCGAGCAGGCAACAAAACGUUAAGUCGCCUAGCAAGCUAGUGCUAGCACUAACGGUUGUAUGUAAACAUGUCGGCGUUCUGCCGAAUGGUGCUCUAAAGCUUCUCUAAACAUUGGUUUGUGCGCGUGAAUAAAAUGUUGAUAACGGCAAGCACGGGAGGGGAUGCGCCAGUCACAAUACGCAAUCCUAUUGGUCGACGUCAAGGUGCGCUGUCGCAGAGUUGUCGUCGAUAUACACGGAAGAUAGCCCAAAAAAAAUCUAACUUGCUCGACUUCAUUUUGGUGUCGUUGGGCUAUCGCAGGGCCAAAUCGUUGGUCUUGGAUUAUGUCACACUACAAGAAUUUUGUCGUUCUUUCCAAAAUAUGUCGGGCCCGACCUGGGAAAUCGGCUGCGAUAGCUAAUCGGGCCAGUAUCGGGGCUAGAAUCCUGUAGUCUGAUCUAGGCAUUAACCUAAUUUCUCCCCCAAUCCCCCAUCCAUGGUCUUGUCUUCCACCAAUCUGCAUUUGUGAGCCUGAGCCCCCCACAACUCCACCCCCACCCACCUCCACAUGCUGCACUGGCAUCUGUCGUUCAGGCCGGGAAGGUCUAUGGUGGAUGGAGAAUGUUUAAGACCCUGGUGCUUUCAACAUCUGCCUUAAGAGGCAGCUGUUCAAUCUAAAGAACAACCAGUUGUUUAAGCUACAGGUUUCAGCACUGAUGGAUCUUGUGUUCAUGUACGUUUGUAAGUUUGUAAGUUACUUGAUUUGUGCAUACAGUACAUUAUGGCUAGUAUUGCCUUAAACUGACCUAAAAUGUAAAACCCAACAAAAAAAUGUACUAAAUGUUUGAAUAUGAUCUGUUGAAAUGUAAGGCUGAUUGUUUUGAGGCAUGCUGUCCUGCAGUAACACAGCACAGACACCAUUGCGCCAUGAAUAUCAUUGUCACCUGAUGCUGCCUUUCUUCUGAGGCAGCUCACUUCUUCUGUAUGUUCAAAAUCAACCUAAAGGUGGACAUUUCGUGCACUUAAUUUUUAAGAAUUGGACAACUGAAGCAAUUUAUAUUUGCCCGUGAAAGUAAUAAAUAACUUUGAAACCCUUGGUUAA